CUGUGGAAGUUGGUGAUUGGUGUGAUUGGAGGUGGAACAUCGACGGAGUCGGGAUUGGCAACUUCAGAGGUUUGAAUCAAACUUUUGAAGCGUCGUUGUGAUCUAAGAUCAUCAAUUCAUUCUUUUUGCAGUGCAAUCAAACUAUGACAUCAAAUAUGGGAGCGAAUUGGGCAAAUGAGACGGAAAAAUCGACAAAAGAUGAGAAAGUUGAGACUGGAGCUGUUGAGUCAACGAUUUUUGAAUGGGUGGAAGAGAACAGUGAAGAAUAUGUUAAGAAAGCUGUCGCGACCGCGAAAGAAGAUAUUUUGCGAGUUGCAAAAGUCACGAAACGUCAGGCUGAUGUAAUUAUGGAACCGCUUGCCAGAAGUUUUGACAAAUUUGUCGCGGGUUUGUGUGAGGAGUUGCGCGAAUCGCCGAAUUUGGUCAAUAAUGAAGAGGCGAGAUGUAUUCGAUAUUUGCGAAAAGUGGAAUUUGCGGAUGUCGAUAUUGUUCAUAGAUAUAUGAGUGCUGGCGCGGAAGUUUUGAGAUUUGAGAGAGAAACCGGGUAUGAUGCUGAUGGUUAUAAAGCUCAGGUUGAUAAAGAAAUUGAUAAAUGCAAUUUCCAGGUGAACAAGUUGCAUGGCGAAGCCGAAAAAUGGAGAAAUGAAGCCGAAAUGUUGAAAAAGAAAGUUGAAGAUUCUGAGGAUGCAUAUGGUGAAUUAUUAGAGAAGUAUACAAAGAUGGAAAAGGAAGUACAAUUGUUGAAGAACCGAAAAGGUGAGAAAACAAUCCGAGAAGCAUCACCAACACCAAGUUUCCAGAUGUUUUCCGAUUUGAAGAAUGCGAAAUCGAAAUUUGCGACUUCGAAUCGAGGUGCAACUGUUGAGACAAUGGCUGGACGUGUUUUGGAAGAUGGUGAGUCUUCUUCGGGGCUUUCAAAAUUGGAAACCGAUAAGCGCAGCGAAAAUUCGACUGAAAAGAGAACCAAAGAUUGGGUUAUUCAUGGAAAAUCGAAGAUUGUUUCCGAUGGAGGAUCCGAAAAUGUCGAUGGACAUAGAGGAGGAAAAUCGGAAAAAUCGCCAACAAAAACGAGAAGUUCUAUUGAAAGUGUUAAAGAUGGAUUGGUGGCGAUGAUGGGAUUCAUGAAGCUGAAUAGCUUCCCAGAUCCAGAACCGUUUUCGGGAUAUGCCAGUGAGAAUUUGGAUGAGUUCCUCGAAUUGUUCGAGUUGAAAUAUGGAAGUUUGACUGGAAAUGGAAAAGAAAUGGGUGCUAUUUUGACCGGAAAAUUCCUCAAAGGUCACGCCAAAAAGUUGUUUGAUUCAAUUGAUGUUGGAAAAGAUUGGAAAUGGAAAGAAGUUAAAGAGAAGUUUGAAGAAGUUAUGAAUGCUUCAAGAACAAGCAAAAGAGGAAGAGCAAUUGAGAAAUGGCAAGAUAUGAAAAUUGGAAAGAACCAAUCGUUGCAGAUGUAUUGCAUUGAAAUUGAGAAAUUAGCGCGAGACGCAUUUGAUGCAAGUCCGCGUGAAAUCGACAUUUAUAAGACGGCGAAAUUGUUGCAAGCAACCAGAAGAAAUUCUGCGCUCGCUGGACUUUUGGCAGUCAAGAAAAAUGAUAAGAAAGACGGAAAUCAAUACGAAACACUCAAAUCUGCCGCUCUUCAAUUUGAAUAUGAUUUGGAAAGAGAGAAAUAUCGAGAAGAUCGAAAGAAGUUUGAAAAGAAAGGUGGAUCGGACCCAGGUGAAAGUUCGAAAGCCAAAAAUGAGAAAUCGGAAAAUGCGGAUAAAGAUGAAACUUCGAAGACAACUAAGGAAAAAUCGAACCAAGGUGAAAGUUCGAGAAGAGAUGCUGGAAGAUGUUUUUCAUGUGGAAAAGAUGGACAUUUUAUCGCGAAUUGUCCGAAUCGAGCUGAAGUCAAUUGUUUGAAAACCGAAGGAUUGUGCAAGAUGAGACCUGUAGAAAAAGCGACAAUUUUGGGUCAACAAGUUGAGAUUUUGAUUGAUUCGGGAUCGGAAGUCUCGCUCAUGUCAUCGAAAAUAUUCGACAAAUUGAUGGACGGUGCCAGAAAUUUGGAGAAAUCAAAAUCGAAAGUUGAGCUACCAGGUAAUUGGUCGUUGAAAAGUUGUGGAGGAACAAAUAUGAAGAUUAUCAAGCAAUUGGAAGUUGAAACGAAAAUUCGAGAUCGAGAAGAAAAGGUGAAAUUCCAGAUUAUUGAGCAAGAUAUGAAUAUGUUGAUUUUGGGAUUGGAUAGUUUCAAAAAUUUUGGAAUUUUUGUGGGCUGGAAAUCCGAAUCAAAUAUGGAAGAUGCAAAUGUGAAAUCUGGAAAUCCAGGUGUCGGAAAGAAACGACAAAGAAAACGCGCAGCGCGAAAAAUUCGGGAAAAGGGAACUGAUUUGGUUCAGAAAAUUUAUUCCUUGAAGAUUUCAGAUUCGGAGGAUGAAUCGCGCGAUUUUUCGACUGGACCAGAAGCUGAUAAAUCAGAAUUGAUUGGAAAAGAAGUUGCUGAAAGUGUUGAUCAAGAAAAGAUGUUGGAAGAUAUGGAGUUAUGGAGAAAUCCAUAUAAUAUUGGAAAGAAGUCACUUGUAAUGAUGAAUGGAAAAUUUUCGGCGGUUGAUCGGGACACAUUGGAUCGAAGAAUUGCGGUUGCCGAUGGUGUUUGGAGGAAAUUGAUGUCGAAGGACAGCGGGUGUUGUGGCUCCGAGUCGAUGUAAAUAAUUUUUAUUUUUCGUUUUCCCCCGACCCCCCGUAGUUAAGAAUUAUUAUUUUGUAGUUAAGAAUUUAGGAUAAGUUUAGGGUUUUGUAGGUUAGGUUAGGGCUUAGCCAGGGACGGCUAAUUCAAGGAGGGGGAAGUAAUUCCCUUUUAAACCCCCGCGAAUUGUUGCACGCCAAACGCGCCUUCAAGGUGAAGACUGACGCGUUUGAGCGUGGGAACGAGCCAUUGUUUGUUCUUUUUUGUUGUUUUCAGACAAGUUCUGAGUUUUAAACUUGUUGCUGUUUCUUUCACAAGUUCUACGGUGUGAACUUGUGAUUAGGUGAUAAUCCCCAUUGUAAAUUGUUGAUUCCGGAAUCGGAAUCCUUUUGCUAUUGUUAUUUUAUUUAAAAUCACUCAAUAAAUUAUUGUUUGAAACUUGUUGUUCAUUUUUGCACAUUUUAAGUGGCAAUUCCACUUAGAAUUCCUAUAUUUUGUGGACCCUUAUCGAGACUUGAAAUAAGUCGACAAGGGCAACCAUUACUGUGAGAUUUUUCAUCAAUGAUGUGGAUGCAGAUCGCGAAAAACAUCGAAUUUUUUUAAAAUCGAAAAAUGAAGACGUGAAACGUGGCAGCCCCAUUUUUUUUUGGUAUUUAAACGAAGCCGUCGGAGAUUUUGUCAGUUUUCAUAAUUUUGUUACUAGAAAGUCAUAUUGCUAUAUGGAUCCACAAACAACCACAACAUCCACAUCAAAAAUUGCAAGUCAAAAUCGAGAAAAUGAAAACGAGAAGCCGGUUGGACGAAAACAAUCGAUAAUCGUUGGAGUGAUUUCUUUGAUUUUGAUUCUUCUAGCAGGCGGUGCAAUGUUCUGGAUUCUCUUCACCCAAUCAAAUAUCGAUGAGGCUCCCAAGAAGAUCUUUCAGCAACACAAAACAGGUAUUUAUUUAUUUUAUGUAGAAAAAUACUCAUGUUUUCACAGAAAUCAUCGAUUUUGCCGAGAAAGCUGUUCAAGUUGUUCGAAAUUUCCCGCAUUUUUUGAAUGAUUUUGCAAUUGAGCAUAUUUCGUCUAAACUUUUCGAUUAUAUUCGUCAGGAGCUUAACAUUCCGAAGAUGAAACAGAAUACGGUUCCUGUGUUCACAGAAUUUGAUUGGAGAACUAAUCAACCGACAUUGGAAAUAAUCCAUAACUGCACUCCUCCUAAGGGUAUUAUCCUUGAAAAGAAUGCAUUUAUGAAAUUGCUCAAUGAGCCAUUUGAGAUUAAAAGGAAAGAAAUGGUAAAUAUUGAGAAGCCGGUUAAUGAUUCGCAAUUAGAAUUCGAUAAAAUCAUCGAGAAAGAAUCGAGAAAACCGGGAAGAUUAUCAAAGCAAAAUAUGAUUGGAUAUUCGAAGAGUAUUGUGACAGUGCUUGAAGAUUAUCAAUCAAGAACUGUGACUCGAGAUGAUUCAUUUAUAAAAUCAUAUGAAACACAGGUUGAUUCUCGACAUGUUGCUGAACUUGCACAUUUGAUUCUAACCAUCGUUUUCUACUCAAUUGAUUUGUUAAUUUUCGCCGCAAUUAUGACAAUCUUCAUAUUUUAUCAACGACGAAAAUUAUUGCUGGAAAAGCUUAAAAAGUUGUCGAGGAUUCUUAUGAUUAUUUCUGCAAUUUUUGUGAUUGGCUGGUUGAUUUUUGCAGUCUUGGGAUAUUUUGAUAUUUCACCAUUUUUUUAUGAUUGUGAAUUGAAAAGCGAAUCGCAAAAUCCGAUUGGGAAGUUCACAAACUUUGAUGGAAAACAGAUUGAUAUUGGGAAACUGAAUGGUGGAUGUGAAAAAGGGGACACUGUUUACUCAAUUAUGAAUCCGUUUUUGAAUUCACAGAUAAUUGAUGGGUAUUUGAGACGUUUUCAAUCGGAUGUUCAAAGUUUUGUAACUGGUCUUAUUGCGCUAAAAAUUGGUGUAACGGCUGAUGAAAUCGGAAUACAUUCUUUGAAAUUACAAAACCAGAUAGCAUUGUUCACUCCAUACAAAGCACCACCGUGUAACACUGAAAUCAACGGUCAACAAUAUGUCAAAAAUCUUAUUAAUCUAAUGAGUAGUCACAUAAGCGAUUUGGGACAGUUUAACAGUCUCAAGCUCGGAAUCCCAGAAAAGUUGAUUACUUUGCCAUCCGAAACCGCUACAUUUAUGCAGACUUCAUUCAAUGAAUUGCAAAAUAUUUCCGUGAAAACUUGUUCAUCGAUAAAAGUUAGUUUUUUUCCAACAAAAACCUGUUUCUGAGUAAAACAUGUUUAUUUUCAGUCGCAGCUCGAUUCAUCUGAUUAUUCUUGUUAUCUCGAAAUGCCUCCUGGAUUAUGUGAAAAUCGCGACACGUAUUUCUCAAACAUCAAUAUUGUUUGGUGGAUUAUGUUGGGUAUUUAUGUUUUGAAUUUCUUGUUGUCAUGGUUGCUGUAUUUGAUACCUAAUUCGAUAAUUAAAAGAAGAAAGCAUUCGGCGAAAAUGGAAAAAAUGAGAAAAGAAGAAGAGGAAAAGAAAAAGAAGGAAAAAGAGGAUGAUAACAACAAAAGGAUUGAGAAUGAAGAGAAACAGAAAAAAGUGAGCAUUUUUAGGUUUCUUUCAAUGAAUUAUGAAAUGUUUAUAGGCACUAGUCAAUAAACUUGAUGUAGUUGAGAAGCAAAAUAAAGUGAUGGGCAAAGAAUUGAAAGCGACGAAGAUAUUGGCGGAAGAACAGGGAAAUGUGAGAUUUUUUAUGAAAUUUUUAUUCUUGAACUCAUUUUUUCAGUUGCUCGAAAAAAAACAAAAUCAAAUUGAUGAACAAGGUGUGGAACUUGAGGAAAAUCGCGUGGAAAUGAAGAAGGCGGAUAAGAAAAUAUUUGAUUAUCAGCAAGAAAUUGGUAAACAAACCGCGAAAGAAUUCAAUGUCAAUCUUGAUGAAAAACCCUGGUCCAAGGAAUCGAUUAAAUCCAAAUCGAAGUCGAAGAUGGAAAAAUCCACCAAAUCCAAAUCGACCAUCACGAAAUCGAGCAAAAAAUGA